AUGGGAGAUGUGGUCUCCACGCACCUGGACGAGGGUCGCCGCCAGCACAUCGCGGAAAGGACAGGGAAGGUGCUGGGCGAGUUCUGCCGCUGCUACAAGGAGCAGUUUGGGGUCGCUCUCUUCAACAGCGUCCGCUAUGAGAUCGAGGGCGCCGGGGGCCCGCAGGCCCAGCUGCUGCACCGCAAGGUUCCACUGGAGGACCACGUCAUCUACUCAGGCAACAUCUUCCAGUACAUCGAGGAGAACAAGAAGUGGAGGAAUCGCUUCUGCGUGGUGCCCCACAACUACGGGCUGGUCCUCUACGAGAACAAACUGGCCUAUGAGCGGGAGCAGCAGCCCCGGGUGUUGGUCAACAGCGCUGGCUACAAGGUCCUCACCUCCGUGGAGCAGUACCUGGAGCUGGUCAACAACAGCCUGCCUGGUGUGACACCGAAAUCUGGGCACUCUCCCAUCCUGAAGUGCCCCACGGAUUUCCCCCUGGUGCUGUGGCACCCCUAUGCCAGGCACUACUAUUUCUGUGUGAUGACGGGCAAGGAGCAGGAGAAGUGGCGGGCGGUGUUCCAGGACUGCGUGCGGCACUGCAACAACGGGAUCUCGGAGGACUCCAGAGUGGAGGCUCCCGCCUUCACGGACGCCAUCCGCAUGUACCGGCAGUCCAAGGAGCAGUACGGCACCUGGGACAUGCUCUGCGGGAACGAGACCCAGGUCCUGAGCAACCUGGUGAUGGAGGAGCUGCUCCCCGAGCUGAGGAGCACCAUCGGCCCCCGGCUGAAGGGCAAAGCCCCAGAGCGCCAGCGGACCUGGAUCCAGGUGUCAGAUGCUGUCUAUAGGAUGGUCUAUGAGCUGGCCAAGGUGCAGUACGAUGCAGCUGUGGCCAGGUGUGAGCAGGAGCGGCCGCAGCUGGAGAGCACCAUCCGCACAGACAUGGACCAGAUCAUCACCUCCAAGGAGCACCUGGCCAGCAAGAUCCGAGCCUUUGUCCUGCCCAAGGCAGAGGUCUGUGUCCGUAACCACGUCCAGCCCUACAUCUCCUCCAUCCUGGAGGCCCUGAUGACCCCCACGAGCCAGGGCUUUGCUGAGGCACGGGAGGUGUUCUUCAAGGAGGUCACCGACAUGAACAUGAACGUUGUCAACGAGGGUGGCCUGGAGAAGCUGGUGGAGUACAUGGAGAAGCUCUCCCACCUGGCCUUCCACCCCGUGAAGAUGCAGUCGUGCUAUGAGAAGAUGGAGCAGCUGAAACUGGAGGGUCUGCAGCAGCGAUUCGAUGUCUCCAGCACGUCUGUCUUCAAGCAGAGGGCCCAGAUCUACAUGAGACAGCAAAUGGACGAUGCUGUGUACACCUUCGAGAGCCUGCUGCACCAGGAGCUGGGCAAGCUGCAGGGCAAGGACGAGCUCUGCAAAUCCAUCCAGCGCAUCCUCGAGAGGGUGCUCAAGAAAUUCGACUAUGACAGCAGCACCGUGAGGAAGAAGUUCUUCAGGGAGGCCCUGCUGCAGAUCACCAUCCCCUUCCUGUUGAAAAAGCUGGCACCCACCUGCAAGGGGGAAUUAGCCAAGUUUCAGGAGCUGAUCUUCGAGGACUUUGCCAGCUUCAUCCUGGUGGAGAACACCUACGAGGAGGUGGUGCUGCAGUCAGUGAUGAAAGACAUCAUGCAAGCUGUGAAGGAGGCGGCCGUGCAGAGGAAGCACAACCUGUACAGGGACAGCAUGGUGAUGCACAACAGCGAUCCCAACCUGCACCUGCUGGGAGAGGGCCUGCCCAUCGACUGGAGCGAGGAGUACAGCGAGGAGCCCGCGGCCGAGCGGCGCCGCAGGGCCAAGCAGGUGGUGUCGGUCAUCCAGGACGACGAGGGGGCCCUGCCCUAUGGGGCUGAGGCCCUGCUGCAGCCCGGCUCCCCCGAGGCAGGGCAGGCAGAGCAGGCACAGCCCGGGGUGCCCCCGAGCCCCCCGGAUGCGGUGCAGGGGAUCCGGGAGGCGCUGGCACAGGAGAGCCUGGGGGACGGUGCCAGGCUGGAGGAGCGGCUGAUGAACGGCACCGAGGGCAGCGGGGCCAGCCAGGAGGGCGUGCUGCUGGCAGGGGCUGCCCCAGGGGCUGCCACACAGCAGGGCCCAGCCCUGCAUGGGGACGGGGUGUGCUGUGCCACAGCGGCAGCACCGGCACCUGGAGCUGAGGUGUCAUCAGGAACGGGCAGAGAACAUGUCACACCAGCAUCCUCACCUGUCCCUGGAGCUGAGGUCCCAUCAGGAGCUGGGACACGCCGGGCUGCACCAGCACCGCCUGUGCCUAGAGCUGAGGUGUCAGCAGGGGGGCAGUGUGCCACACCAGCACUGUCACCUGUCCCUGGAGCUGAGGUCCCAUCAGGGACUGGGAGACAACAUCCUGCACCAGCAUCACCUGUGUCCAGAGCUGAUGUCCCAUCAGAGGCUGAGGUGCCCCAUGUCACACCAAGAUCAUCCGUGCCAGCUUCCCCCGUGUCUGCAGCUGAUGUCCCAUCAGAGGCUGAGGUGCCCCAUGUCACACCAAGGUCAUCCGUGCCAGCGUCCCCCGUGCCCAGAGCUGAUGUCCCAUCAGUGCCCAGCGUGCCGCAGGGCACGGCAGCCCCGGCCAGCCCCCGAGCCGAUGUCCCAGCAGAGGCCGAGGUGCCCCGUGUCACAGCAGCACCACCCAAAGGGCAGAGCCCAUCAGCAGCGUGUCACCAGCGUGGUGACAAGGAGCCAGGCGAGCCCAGGGCCACCGCAGAGAGCAGUGAGGGGGUGCAGACUGAGUUCUAG